AGUAUGUAUACCGAUAGGAUGCAUGAAAAAAAAUAAAGACAAAGUGACAGAAGACAAGAGAACAUUACAUCGAUUAUAUGAUUUCACGAACCAAAUCCAUACCACCAACACAAAUAGAUGGAUUGAUGAAACAGUUGCAGAUUUAAAAAUGGAUGGAUUUUUACUUAUAUAAUCGAUUGUGUGUUGCCCUUUUUUUUUUAUUGUCUGGUCAUUGAGUUCUUUUAUUUUUUUGUGCAUUCCAUUCCAAAACAAAGCCUUAGCAUAGUACUAAUGAUCCUCCUCUCUUUUCUUAUUAUUUAUUAUAGUCUGUUGAGCAACUAUGGUCAGAUACGCUGCUACUCCUGCCAACCCUGCUAAGGCUUCCAAGUCCAGAGGUUCUUAUCUUCGUGUUCACUUCAAGAACACUCACGAAGUUGCUGUUGCCGUUAAGGGUUUAAAGUUAAGCAAGGCUUAUACUUACCUUAACAACGUUACCGAGCACAAGCAAAUCAUUCCUUUCCGUAAGUUCAACGGUGGUGUCGGUCGUCAUGCCCAAGCCAAGGAGUUCGGUACCACUCAAGGUCGCUGGCCCGUUAAGUCUGUCAAGUUCGUCACUGACCUCUUGAAGAACGCUGAAUCCAACGCCGAGGCCAAGGGUUUAAACGUUGAGGAACUUUAUAUCUCCAGCAUCGUUGUCAACCAAGCCCCCAAGCAUCGUCGUCGUACUUACCGUGCUCACGGUAGAAUCAACCCUUUCAUGUGUUCUCCCUCUCACAUUGAGGUUGUCCUCACCGAAAAGGAUGAGGUCGUUCCCCGUGCCGAUGACAAGAAGGUUGUCAAGCUCAACGCUCGUCAAUUAGCCCGUAAUGCUCGUCUUGCCCGUGCUUAAACUUUUGUUUUAGCUCCUAUAUAAAAUAUAUAUGCGUUUACCAUAGCAAAAUUAUUCUGUCUUUUUUAAAACAAAAAUUAAUGUCUUUUUUAAACUUUUUUGGGUUGUAUUUUGUUUGUUAGUGCUAAUUUAUUAGCCACACGAGAGAUGUAUUUAUAAAUAUACAGCGGGUUUAAACAGAGAUAAGUUGAUUGUUUACCUCGUGUUUUGUUAUUGAUUUGAACUAAGAA